CCACAGGUCAACGCCUCCCUGCCGGCUCCCUCCGCUACAGCGGGCCGGAACUUUUGUCGAUAGGAACGAGUUUGCACAGUUGAGUGUUGUCGGCCGGCGUCAAGGAGACUAGGGGGCCAUCCUCUUCCUUUCGCCGCCGCCGCCGCGGAGCGGAGCCGAGCCGAGCUGAUUUGAUCGAGGAGCGCGGUUACCGGACGGGCUGGGUCUAUGGUCGCUCCGUGGGCUGCUCCGCCGGCUGGUGCUUUUUUAUCCGGGCAAGCUGAGUUCCAUGGCAGGGAACUUUUGGCAGAGCUCCCACUAUUUGCAAUGGAUUUUGGAUAAACAAGAUCUGUUGAAGGAGCGCCAAAAGGAUUUAAAGUUUCUCUCGGAAGAAGAAUAUUGGAAGUUACAAAUAUUUUUUACAAAUGUUAUCCAAGCAUUAGGUGAACAUCUUAAAUUAAGACAACAAGUUAUUGCCACUGCUACGGUAUAUUUCAAGAGAUUCUAUGCCAGGUAUUCUCUGAAAAGUAUAGAUCCUGUAUUAAUGGCUCCUACAUGUGUGUUUUUGGCAUCCAAAGUAGAGGAAUUUGGAGUAGUUUCAAAUACAAGAUUGACUGCUGCUGCUACUUCUGUAUUAAAAACUAGAUUUUCAUAUGCCUUUCCAAAGGAAUUUCCUUAUAGGAUGAAUCAUAUAUUAGAAUGUGAAUUCUAUCUGUUAGAACUAAUGGAUUGUUGCUUGAUAGUGUAUCAUCCUUAUAGACCUUUGCUCCAGUAUGUGCAGGACAUGGGCCAAGAAGACAUGUUGCUUCCCCUUGCAUGGAGGAUAGUGAAUGAUACCUACAGAACGGAUCUUUGCCUACUGUAUCCUCCUUUCAUGAUAGCUUUAGCUUGCCUACAUGUAGCCUGUGUUGUACAGCAGAAAGAUGCCAGGCAAUGGUUUGCUGAGCUUUCUGUGGAUAUGGAGAAGAUUUUGGAAAUAAUCAGGGUUAUUUUAAAACUAUAUGAGCAGUGGAAGAAUUUCGAUGAAAGAAAAGAGAUGGCAACUAUACUUAGUAAGAUGCCAAAACCAAAACCACCUCCAAACAGUGAAGGAGAGCAGGGUCCAAAUGGAAGUCAGAACUCUAGCUACAGCCAAUCUUAAAACAUUCCGAAGAAUUCCGUAGUGGACUGCUUGGAAAUAAACCAUUGGACAGAUUUCAGUAAUGUCUUCAGUGGAACACAAAUGAAAAUGAAUAGCUUGUUUCUGUCAAGCAUAUUGGAAAGUGAUUUUAUUUUUGCAAAAUAAGCUUUUCUUUAAUAUGAUUCUAGUACAUAAUUGAUUAAAAUCUCUUGAUUAUAAAUGUUUGGAAAGGUUCUAAGGGGACCUACAGAAAGACAUACAUAGACAUUUCAAAAUUAAUAGCUUUUGAUUAGUAUAAUAUUUCUUAAUUUGGAUAAUAGAAAUUGUAGCUUUUAAUUAAGCCAGGAAACAUGAAGCAUAAUUUGUUUAAAAUUCUCUUUGGUCAUUGAGGGACCAAAAAAGGACGUAAAAUUUACAGUCAGUAUAACUGAGGGGUUUUUUUCCCCUCCAUAAGUUUAACUUUAAAAUUGUAUUUAAGGAAUCAAAUCUUACAAAAUCCUGGAAGAUUUUGGUAACGAUGUUGAUAAUUUCAGGGAAAUUAAUCAAGUACCUAUAUUGAUUUAAAAGUGUAUUUUAUUCAAUAGUUUGAGGAUCUUGCCAUGAAAGAUACUGGCCCAGCCUAGCAGAAAAGUGCAAUAUGUAUAGCAUACUUUGACAUUUUAAAAGCUGUAUUCCAUAACCAUUUUGAAAUGCUGGGCAAACUACAUGAAGUUAUUUAUAAUUAAUUCACAGCUAAUCAGGCAUUUUGAAAGCUUAAUUGGAUUAAAAAACCAUAAUGUCGGAAUUUGAUAAAAUUUUAAUGUUGAUUUUUACUGUGAAAAGUUUUUUAUAAGAUAAACACACCCUAUUAAUUUUGUGUCUUGGUGUGGAUUUACAAAUUUGCUACAGGUAUUCUGAGCCAGGAACACAAUCAGGUUUCAGGCCAGUUUGAUACUGGCUGUCCUUAAUUCUAAUAUGAGAGUAGGACAUCAUACUAAAUGUUAUGUCAGUGGGACAUACUGUCAGUGGGACGUACUGUCUGUUGAACUUAGCAAAUUAAUAUUUUCUUCAGACUUGAAGGAGAGUGAUAAAUAAAAUUUGGAGUCAUAGGAUAUUGAUGUACAAUUGAAGGAUUAAACAUUUUUAAUCAAUUGUGGACAAUGGCUUAUUAAAUUAAAUGUUGACCUCCUAGUAUAAAACUGCAAGAAUAAAAGUAAGUUCUCCAGCUUUA